CAAUGAGCACAAAGGGGUUGUCAGUUCCAAUUGGCUACUGAUGCUCACUGUUUCCUCUACCUUUGGCACUGUCGCGAGUCCCGUUGAUGAUAGUGAGCCACUGACUGGCUGACCCGCUGCUUACAUAGGGAAGUGCAUGCAAAAAUAAUUUUCGGUGCCACGCAGGUUGACAGCUGGAACAUGGAUAAUGAUGGUAUUGAAAAUGAACCAGGCCGUGAGGUCAAGGCAGGUCAACCUGAUGGUCAAAAUGGACUGCCGACUCUAGGCAAGAAAUGGACGCUCUGGAUGGAUAUCAAGCAAGGAGGUUGCCUCGGUGAGCAGGGCGUGGUAGGGUACUGCAUGGAUGUUGCCGUGCACUCUGACGGCAGCAUCAUCAUCGCCGACACGGAAGGCAACAGGCUGAUCAAGCUGGGGCCCUCAGGGGAUCAGCUCCGAUGGGUCCACCCAGAGGCUGACCAGCCGGGCUGCAUAGACAACCCAACCGGCGUGGCGGUCAAUGCAGAUGAUCAGCUGCUCGUGCUGGAUGACAACACCUCCCUUAAGAUCCUGAGCCAGGAGGGGGAACUGGUCCAGCAGUUCACGCCCUUGAUGGAGUCUGGAGGUGUCCCAUCGUGCAUUGCAGUGGAUGGCCAAUGUCAGAUAGCCAUUGGUGACGAAGAGAACGAUGUCAUCAUGCUUUUCACCCCCAAAGGCUCAGUUAUAAAGACUAUUAAAGCUCCCAUGAUCGCCGAUUAUCUCACCGUCGACAGCAAGGGCAACUUCCUCUACACCAACUUCUCUGAGAGCAAGAUGUUAUCGGUCGAUUGCCAUGGCAAUGAGGUCUUCUGCAAGGAUACGGUGGGGGAGAGUGGUCAGCCCAUCCACCCCUCGGGGGUGUGCUGCGACAGCGCCGGGGACAUCUAUGUGUCGGCACAGGCUAGCCCCAACAUACAGUCUGGUGGGAUUCACCACUUUGACCCAGAGGGCAGGUACAAGGGACAGGUCAUCCUGGGUCUUUCCAACCCGUUUGGGAUCGUCUUCACCCCUGGUGGUCAGUUGGUGGUUGCCGAUGGUGUGUCCGUGAAGAUAUUUCACAGUGCCUGAAACCUGGCGGACUUUCAACGGUGGACUGGUGGAACUUAUGCCUCAGCAAAGCUACUUGUGUAGUGGUAGACUUACUAUACUCUUAAAUAUUGGCUUAGCUUACAAACAGGAAUGCAACCUAUGCUUCCAAACUCAGCAAGAUUUCUAUGCAAAUGCUGCAUGCCAAAACACUCAAUGACCCUCACGCUCAUGAGUAAAGAAAGUUGUGGUAUUAAGCAAAGUCCCUUUGUUUCAGCACGGGUUGGGAGGGGAGAAUUCAACCCUUUCUAGAUAUAUCUUUCAUUUUUUUAGGAAUGGAAAGUGGCAACAGUUUUGAAACUGUGAUUUACUGUGAUAUGAGGAUUCUUUUAUGUAUAAAAACAUUGGACAUUGUCUUUUAAAAAAAAUCUGCAUCCCCCCAACAAAAAACACCCCUGGAUAUACCACAGGCAAGGUCAUCACAUUAUUCUCUUCA